CCUGUGUCGGGGCGGCUCCCCGUGAGGCGGGAGCAGCCGGAGCUCGGCGGGUGGCGGGGUUGGGCGGAGGUCUUUGCGCAGCGCCGUCCGGUGCGGAGGCAGCCGCAGCAGCCGCGAGCGGAGGGACAGUCCGACGCCAUGAAGUUCCAGUACAAGGAAGACCACCCAUUCGAGUACAGAAAAAAAGAAGGGGAGAAGAUCCGGAAGAAAUACCCCGACAGAGUCCCCGUGAUUGUGGAAAAAGCACCCAAAGCCAGAGUACCUGACUUAGACAAAAGAAAGUAUCUUGUACCUUCUGACCUCACAGUUGGUCAGUUCUACUUCUUAAUCCGAAAGCGGAUCCACCUGAGGCCGGAAGAUGCUUUGUUCUUCUUCGUCAAUAACACCAUCCCUCCCACCAGUGCUACCAUGGGCCAGCUGUAUGAGGAUAACCACGAGGAGGACUAUUUUCUCUAUGUGGCCUACAGCGAUGAGAGCGUCUAUGGCAAGAAGUUCUGAAUAUUCUGAAGCAGAGGACAGACCCAGGAGGCUUUCUAGGAUAAAAGAGAAGACACAGGCAGAUGGUGUGCAUCUCUCUGCUGCUGGCCCACUUGUUCAUGCCAAGCACGUGGUUAAGCAUACUCAGGGGAGAAAGAGUUGGCGUAUGGGGUGCUUGGUUUUGUGUUCAGUCCUCCCCUUCCGCUGCUGGGUUUAAAUGACAUGUGGGACUAAUCGCAACUGUUUGUUACAUGUAGAGUUUACGAUUUAAUUUAGUUAUUUUACAGUUCUUUCAACUGAAUUGUGACAUUUCUGUUUUUGUGCUAGUAUUGUACAAGGUAAUGAUGGUAAUUUUUUGUGUUGGUUAGCUGCAGGUUCUUGUAAAAUAAAGUUCAGACUAGAGCUUAAUCAACUUAUCAAUAAAGAUGCAUUUGAAAAUCACA